ACAUGGAGAAGGGGAGUGAAUGGAGGUUGGCAAUUAUUCAACAGUCGCCCUGAAAUGUGCUGGUGAAGGACCAAGAAUAUUACUCUUUUUCUGAUGGAGACGAGAACUUGUUUGAUCACCAGCAAUCUGCCUUUGAGCCUCCUAAAGUUAAGUUUCUCACCACUGCCUAGAGAAAUACGUAAUUCUGAGGACUGCUGUGUCCUCCCUGAAUGUCUUCCUUUUGGGGACAGUGGGAGAAAGUUAAAGACCUACAGAAAGGAUUACUAAUAGGGAAGGAAGGAAGGCAGGGGGAAGCGAAUGUGGAUAACAUAAAAACAGAGUAGAAAUAGAGAAAGAAGCCAGGAUGAAAGGGGAGAGAAGGACCACAGACAAUAAAAGCCCAAAGGAAUAAGAGGACAGAACAAAAGAGAGUGAGAAAGAGCGCGCGCGCGAGAAGAAGAAAACUGAUUUACUGCUGAGAAAAGUUUGUCUCCUUAAGUCCUCUAGGUCCGGAAGUCAGACCUAGCACAGAGCAUGGAAAGGAGGCCACAGACACCCAGGCCGUGAUCCUGGAGAAGUGGUUCAGCCCCCAUGGUGAUGCAAGCCCAGGCCGUGACAGCCUCUGCCCUGGUGUAUUUCAUCCAGCUUCCUCGGGCAAGAUGUGAGGAGAACUGUGUGAGUCCUGAACAUUGCCUGACCACAGAUUGGGUACAUCUCUGGUAUAUAUGGUUGCUGGUGGUCAUUGGCGGGCUGCUGCUUCUGUGUGGCCUGACUUCUGUGUGCUUCCGCUGCUGUCUGAGUCGCCAGCAAAACGGGGAAGAGGAGGGCCGGCCUCCCUAUGAAGUGACAGUCCUGGCUUUUGAUCAUGACAGCACUCUCCAGAGCACUAUCACUUCCUUGCAGUCGGUAUUUGGCCCUGCAGCUCGAAGAAUCCUGGCUGUGGCUCACUCCCACAGCCCCCUGGGCCAACUGCCUCCCUCUUUGGACACCCUCCCAGGGUAUGAAGAAGCUCUUCACAUGAGUCGCUUCACCGUUGCAAGGUGUUGGCCAAAAACACCUGACCUUCCCCCAGUACCAGAAGAAAAGCAGCUGUCUCCAGUGGACGAGUCUCCUCGAGCAGGACCCUCUUCCAACUGAUGGGAAUUCUGAUUUUAUAAAUGGGGUGGGGGGAUCCCCAGCGUAGCCACAGGCAGACAAUGGGACAUUUUUUCCCCCUAACUUUUGGAAGAUUUAGGAUGACGACUAUACAUUAUUCAGUGGGAAGGAUGGCUUCCCACUCUUUGUUUCCAGCCACGUGUAUUUUCUAACACGGAAUGCUCUAACUGGGAACUCUAAUUCUUUAUCCAGUGGCCAGAAUUUGCAACUAACCUCUAGCAAUGCUGACUACUCCUGAACCAAGAAAGCAUCAAAAGUACCUUGAAUGCCUAUAGCUAUUGAGUUCCUUUGCCUAUGGGAUACUGCAGGUGGUUUUUCUUUCUGCCAGCUGUAACACAAGAGUAGAUUGUGGUACAUUUGAGGAGAAAGAGAAGAGUGUAGGCACAGCCAUAGACAUGAAUGCACUGAAGCCGUGAAUUCUUCCUCUUGAGAGAACAUUCACUUUUCUACUGAAUGCCAGUGACACUCUUGGCGUCAUAAUACCUAAUACCUAAGUGGACCCAGGUAAUCGUAGUACCUAAGUGGACGUUCAGGAUCCAGGGGUAGGAUUGCAGACACGGGCUAAGGGAACAGAGUACAUACGGUGUCCAAGUGCCAAAUAUCAAGGUCUUUCCUUCACCCUGGUCCUACUCUCUAGCAGUAUGAGAAACUUCAUGGAGUGCAGUAACACUUUCUAUUAAUUUCUCAGUGUUUCUGCCUUGCAAACACAUGCACGCACACGCGCGCUCGAGCACGCCUGCACAGACACUCGCAGUCUUUUCUCUAAAAGAAUGGCAUUGUUUCGCUUUUCUCUUUCUGGCUGACCCCUUAAAGCCAGGCUAUCUAUAGUGACCCACACUAGUCUCUAGGAGUGGCCUUCACUGCCACCUCGUGGCCAUGGUAGAAAAUGUCUCCUAUUUGAGCCGAUCUGCACCCCUCUCCAGUUCUUGGAGUAACUAACUGAACUCAGCCCGGAUGGCAUCCUGACGUGUCGUGCUAAGCUGUCCGCCUGAAUUACUACUGGACAAUUGGGGAUAUGAUGUAUUGUUACUGGACAACUGAGAAAGUAAAGUGUAUUGGGGAAAAAUUACUUGGCAGUGACCUUAGAUAAAUCAUUGAAAAUCUUUAAAGGAGUUUCCUCAUCUGUAAAAUCGGGGAUAAUAACACCUCCAAGGAUUGUUGCGAGGCUCAAAUAAGCUAGAUACAAAUGACAAGAUUUGUAAAGUAUUAUGCACAUGGAUUUGUCGCUCUUAAUAUUGACAUCUAAUUUUCACCUGGCUACUAUGAUUCUGAGAAUUGUGCUCUCGUUUGUUCUUUGGCCACCCAGCUUGUUAGGUUACCGCUAAGUCACGCUGGAAGUCACUUUUAUUCGUCAAUAAAUAUCUGUCGAUUGAGGUUAACCACCAA